AUGAAUCUGACGACCGUCAACGGUGCUCCUCUACCACCAGGAACUUACUAUUUCUCGCGGAUCAGCGACACAGAUCAUGCUGGCUAUGUCUGGAUUGUCGCAUUACUCUCCUUGAUUUAUCCCUUCGGUACUUUGUUAGUACGACUAAAUGUUAGGUGGGGUCUGUAUGGUUCUGACGAUUGGGCAUUGCUGGUAGCGACACUCGUUGCUUCGUGCCAACACAUCCCGGUCUUCGUCGGGUUAAAGGCAGGAUUUGGCCAGUCGAGCAAAGUACUUGAACGGGAGCAAAUACCAAACAUCGAUGAAGCACUCUAUGCAGCAGAAGUACUCUUCAUCUUCGCACAUACGUUGUCGAAAGUAUCUCUUGCCUUGUUCGUCAGGCGGCUCUUCACCCAUAACAGGACGCUCAACGCCAUCUUGUGCUGGUCCUUGCUGGGCAUCACAAUCGCUUGGGGUGUCAUCUGUGUCUUCGUGCUUUUUAUCAACUGCUCACCACACCACUUCUUCUCUUCUGAAGCAGCCAAAUGUCCAUCCUAUCUUGCCCGAUGGCGGGCUGUGACAGCAUUCGAUAUCAUCACAGAAGUCGGGCUCAUGGUCGUUCCUUCCUACCUGGUCUCAGGUGUCAUGAUAGGCUCGCGGCCCAAGCUGCUCGUCAUGGUCGCAUUCGCAUCGAGACUUGUGAGCGUUGGCUUCUCGGCUGAGCAUCUGCGACGGCUCUCGCGAACGGUCGAUGCGGAUGACAAGGGGAUGUCUUUCAUACUACCUGCCAUCUGGAUCCAAAUAUGGCUGGCGUGGUCGCUGAUAAGCGCAUCGAUUCCUUCGUUCCGAUCAUUCAUGAAGCCGUUCGACAACAUCAGCAUCGCAAAGACGGACGACUCACACAGUGCUUCGCGAUCCGAAGUCAAUGGCGCAUAUCUCAUGAUGGGACCCCUCAAGUCCAGUCAUCGAAGUCACGUCGCGUCAGGGCGAUCGGCGGCAUCUCUAGGCACAAGGACGUCGGUGCACCAUGCACAUCGGGAUCGAGGUGUUGACGAGAACCAAUCCAUCAGCUCAGAGACAGGCAUAAUCCGCAAAGAAGUGGAGUGGGUAAUUAGCCAUGAUCGCGAGCCGCUGUGA